UUAGGAGUCGACUCCGAGUCGGGUCCCGGUCACAGGAUUGAGGAUUCCAUUUAAAGAGUCCAUUCUAAACAAGAACAACAAUUAAAUCAUGUAGUGUAUACUACAUUUCGAUUGACCCUAGGUCUAGAUGUGUAAGUCUUGACACACUUGUUAACUUUUUGUGUUGAGCCAAAUCAAAGCAUAUAGGCUUCGACUCCCCGUGAUCAUAAUGAAUUGGAACAAAGAAUCGAGUCAUUGGAAGGUCGAUUCUCAGCUCUGCAGCUGAUGAAACACUGACAGUGGGGAUUUGUUUCAGUCUUGCUUUCGCGGGUCUGCGUCCAGUUGCCAAGGAACCUGAUAAACCUACCAAACCCCAAAAAUGGUGAAGAUAUUUGUUGGUAAUGUAGCUUCAGCGACCACAGAAGCAGAGCUGCGUGCAUUGUUUGAGCAACACGGUGUCGUGUCAGACUGUGACAUCCUAAAGAACUAUGGCUUUGUGCACAUGGAUGAGGAGGAUGCGGCCCAGAAAGCUGUUGCUGCUUUGCACAAGCACGUGCUCAACGGCUCUCGCAUCACUGUCGAGUACGCCACCACUAAGGUGCGCAACGCCACCAAGAUCUAUGUGGGCAACGUGCCUGAGGGUGUCACAGCUUCCAAAAUCAAGGAGCUCUUCCAGCCAUAUGGCAAAGUGCUGGAGUGUGAUAUUGUGAAGAAUUAUGCGUUUGUUCAUAUGCAGAGGGAAAACGAGGCCCUGGAGGCCAUCAGGGAGCUUAAUCAUACGAAAUUGGAGGAUCAAAAAAUCUUUGUGUCGCUCUCUCGCAGUAAUCAAGCCAAAAAUAGCAGAGGAGAUGACUAUUUCCCCCCUCCUCCCCAUCACUAUCCACCCCAUCCGCACCAUCCUCCUUACCUGCCCCCACGUCCUCCACUCGGCGAUUUCUAUCCGCCUCGAGGUCGUCUUCCGCCACCGCCACUCCCGCCGCCACCUCCCCGCUCCUACUAUGAGCGCGAAGCAUAUGAGAGGGGUGUUCGCCACGACCCGUAUGCCGCCGCCCCGCAUUUUUACGACAGGGACCCCUACGAGCGGCGUCCUCCGCCUCCGCAGCGACCCCCUUCGCCUUCCGUUGCCCCUCGCUACUACCGAGAGCGCAGCCCUCUGGGCAGUCGUCGGUCUCUGCUGCCUCCGCCGCCCCCACCGCCGCCACCGCCACCGCCUCCUAGCUACAUGCGCAGCUAUGCCCGUGGUGCUUCGGGCUCCGCUCUUCCUCCCCCGUCCUCCGCCGCGGCCUCCGGCUAUCAGCGUUACUCGCUCGGCUCAGGCUUUGAUAAAGAUGAUUACAUGGAGGACAAGUACAGCAACGGCUUCGGCCGUGGCUACUAAGCUUGCUUUGUCCAAAAGUUCUAUACGUCUCACAUUUUUGUAUAAGGCAAGCUAAUAAACAGGGACAUAUCUGCAGAAAUUAGGAAAUAUUCUACGAUGCUUGUAGCUAAUUCUCACAAUGGGUAUAGUGCAGCUAAUAUUCUGUAAGUGUAUUAGAAAAUUGUCAAAUUCCGACAGGUUUUUUUUUUAAUUUUUUUUUUUUUAUAGUGUAUAAAGGAUGUAGGUGGUAUCACUUUCAGUAUAUUUUCAAGAUGGAAGAUUUGAUUUCUUCAAAUUUUAUUUUAAUGAAGUGCAUGUUUGUCAGUUUAGAUUGUGAGGGACUGCCUAGUACUAGUCAUGUAUUGUUAGUAUUCUUUGUUACAGGGGCUUAAUGCGCUCCUUAUUUCAUUGAACCCUCGCCCACACCAGCAUGGUUACGGUUUUGUACAACAUUUUAGGCACAUGUUUUUGUUUUUUUUUUGAUUUUUCCAAAAAGCAUGGUAUGUGACUUGCAUGUGAUUAAGAAAGGUAAGGGUCUUAAUCGAGGUUUGAAGAACAUUCUUGUGGAUGGCUUUGUUACAGACUUAGUUAUGUUGCGUUCCAGAGCUGGGACCCGCAUAAGAAAGAGGAGGAAGAGGGAGGAUGUUAUUAAAUAUGUGGUAGUGGGCAGAGCCGGGGGACGCCGACUGAUCAUCAAAUCGCAUCUUAACAGCCACCCGAGCACAACGUCGACUCGGCACACCACGCAGCGCUUGGACACAACGUCGCCUCCUAGGAAAAUGCAGCGUCACCUAAAGGAAACUCGGGGAAAACGCACGACCAUCCGCUACAUUAAACACAAACUACUACCACGUAGUCGGUAUUACUCCUAUAAAAUUGUCAUCAGCCCAUUAAUCGUUCACACGGACUCUGUAGCCUUUCUUGAUAUUCAAGACGUUUUAACAUCUCGAUAUACACUGGACAUGCUUGUGAUUAAAAACUAUUACCAAAACCCAAAUAUUGUAGCCUACCCUACGUGUGAUGAUGUUUCCCUGCGUUCAUUUUGUUAAAACCUUUUGUUAAAAUGUACCUCUGAAAACCUAUAUCUCGACUGUGGAUGCAAACCGAUGUCUCUAUAAAUGGUUGAGCUCUUUAAGACGGACGCAAGUCGAUUUCUGUGCUUGGUGUGGUUACUUUAAAAAAGAAACUUAGUCGCUGUCUCUCUAGCCGUUUAAAUAAAACAUCCACUGAUCUGACUACCGUUUUUUUCCGUUGUACCGUUAUUAUUUUUUCGCACACAUUUCCUGUCUUUUUCGCACCCGUUAACACUCGUUUCGUGCAAGUGACCUGUUGACCUGACCACUCUUUUGCAAAUAAAGCCAAGAAACGAGCUAAUAAUGAAUGAAUGAAUGAAUAAAUAAAUAAAUGGCCUGGUGGGUCCAAUACUACUCCAAACUUUCCAAAACAACUUCUGCUAUUACUCUACUUCCCUGCCUUGAUCCCUGGCCAAACGUUUCCUAAAUAUGUGUGCAUUAUUAAAAGCAUUGUAGCUAACUGUAGCUUGCCACAUGUGAAAUACAGGUAAGUUAAAUACACAGGUAAGUACUAUUGGAAAGAAUGUUUUGUUUUGGAAAGAAGGUUAUGUUUAAACAUUUUCAUGUUUUUUGAAUCACCCAUGUCAAAUCUGUGUUUUUUUCCCCCCCCUUUCCCAUACAAGUUAUCAGACUGAAACAGGCAAGUGUUUCUGGAGUAAUUUUUUAUUUUUUGAUAGUCUAGUGUGAAAGUCUCAGUGAUUGGAUGAGAAAAAUGCAGAAAUGUUUACUUGUUUUUACACAAUUUUCCAUUUUUAGCUAACCACUCAUGGAUACGCAGUCAAUGCCAAAAGUAUGUGGACACCUUCACUGAUGAGCAUCCCGUUUAAAAUCUAUGGUCAUUAAUAUUGAGUUGUUCCCGCUCAGCUACUGUAAACUGCCUCCACUCCUCUGGCAAGGCUUUUCAUUAGCCUAUUAGGUCUAUGGUUGUGGGGAUUUGUGUGUAUUCAGCUACAAGAGCAUUAGUGAAGCUAGGUGUUGGGCAAGGAGGCCUGGGGUGCAGUCACUAUUGUAGUUCGUCCCAAAGGUGUUCAGUGGAGUUGAGGUGCAGGUCGUGUUUUUGGCAUACAUUGUCUGUUUUUAGAGAUUUUGCUUUGUGCAUAGGGGUAUUGUCAUGCUGGAACAUGCUUGGGCCCCUUAGUUUCCGGGAAGGAAAUCUUAAUGGGAAAUGGUAGCUCAGCGGUUAAGACUUUGGACUUAGGACCUUCGAGUUUAGAUUCCAUCACUUCCAUAGUGCUACUCAGGGGCCCUUGAGCAAAGCCCUCAAAGUUCAGCUUCUCAGCUUUCUAAAUAAAGUGUUAGCUAAAUGCCAUAAAUCUAAACCUCCAGACACUUGAGUGUUUCCAAUCCUUUUGGGAAGAACCGCUUAUUGGUGUGAUGGACUGGUGUUCACGUACCCCAAUGUAGUGUAUAUCCCAAACAUUAAUUAUAUGGCUUACGCCGCUUCCAGUUUAAAUAGUUGUUUUGGUGGUGGUUUACACUAAAGCCAAACACCAAAACAUGUAAUCUGCGCAAGAUUGAACCACUGUUAAUGUUCUCACUCAGUGUAAAAGGAUUCAGGUAAGUAGAGAUGCCCAAGUACCCUGAUUAGAACAUUGGUAAUAUAUGUAAUUAGUAAUAUAUGUAAAUAAAUGAAAGGAAAACCCUGUUAGAUUUAUGUAAUUUCUUGCAGUUGCUGAUGUGCCUUAGGACACAGUAAAAAUACCAUCUCAAGUAAUGCAGUACUUCUGAAUAUUAAUAUCGCAGUGCUUGGCCACAUUAAUAUUGCAAUUAUGGGCUGAAGAUGAACUACAAAUAUCAAGGAUUCUGAAAUCACUCCUUAACACACAAUCUGUCCAAGAUCCUCCAUGGUCUUAUGUUCUUGCUUGUGGAUGCUCUUUAGCUCAGCCCACAGCCUUUCCAUGGAAUAUAGUUCAGAGAACUGGCAUGGUCCUGCUAGAAGAUUGAUUUUGUGGAUUUGGACAUGGUUUAGAUCAUUGUACGGCUGAAAGAUGACCCAGUAUCUCCGGUCAUCGAUUUAUUGAUACCAUCUACUUUAACUUGGUUCCCAAGGCCCAAAACCUUUCUUAACAGUUGGGAUUAGGCUUUUUUUUUUUUUUUUAAAUAUAACCAUCCAUCAUUUUGGUCCAAACCCAUAUUUAGACUUGAAAACUCUAUUUUUCCCAUCUGACUAUAGAACCCAGAUCCAGUAGUGUUUAUGGAACUCACUUAUAUUUGUGGUUAGAUAAAAGGAAAAGCUUUAAUCUGUCAUGCUUUCCAAGUAGUUUGUUGUCAUGGAGGUGGUGUCUAAUUGUAGAUUUGGUGAGCCACAAAAUGCUGCCAUCUUUUGCAAAUUUCCAUCCACGAUCCUUGUCUCUCUAUAGUCUCAGCCUCAGACGUCAUGCCCACAAAACUUUGGCUGAAUGUCUGAUCUAUAUGGCACAACAAAUUGGAAAAAACCUCAGCGUCUGAUUCUCCCAGGAUUUCCGGGAGAAGUCUGCGUCACUUUUUUUUUAAAACAAGCCUAGGAACAGUGACGUUCUACUUCCCACAUGGAAGAAGGAAGCUGUCGUGUAAGAAUACGUGCUUAUGAGGAUCAGAGAAACACUGAAUUUUGCAAAUGAUCUGAAGUUCACAGCAUAGACUCCUCAAGUUGAAUAACUUUCUUAAAGGAGCAGUUUGUGGUUGCACACCGGUCUGGUUUUAGAGGGACAAUGUUACAUCUCCACACCCUUAAUUGUGAUGCUGAGAAAAACUGUGAUUGGUUACUUUACAUGUCCGUUAGACGGCUUAUUGGGCAGACCUUGGCCAAUAAAAGCUGCUAUAACGUCCAAACCUUCUGUCGAGUUCUAGCUGUACGAGACUAACUUUCUCUAAAACCAUUAACAGGCUCUUCACUGUGUGUGAGGGGUUAAAUACAGGACCAUCCUGUAAAGAUCUUUAUAGCUCUGCUUGUUUUAAACUUCUUACAUAACCCUGACAGUGGAUAAGGAUAUUUACAGGCAUCCAAUUAUUUUUAAAGCCAUUGACUGAUUUAUGAAGGUCAACACGCUUCCCAGUUUAUUUUUGUAUUCUCUAAUCCUCCACAUGUUGAUGAAUGACGAAGAGAUUUUGGCCUCUGUGUUAUCUUCUAUUUAUAUCCCAGAAAAUAUAAGAAGUCAUGGAUGUCGUCGUCUACUGGAGAGUAGACAUUUUUUGUUCUUAUUAAUUUCUAAGAAUGCCAAUAAUUGUGAGAGAUGGUUGUUUUUUUGGAGAUCAGUGUGAAGUCCAGGUAUAGCCGAUCAUGGUCGACUUUGGGGUCAAUCCUACCCUUUCAGCGUAAGAAUUCCUUAGUAAUAGUUUCUCUUAGAGGCUUCUUGAAUAGGCUAAGGUGAACGCUUAGUGUUCAUUUCAAUCGUGAAGUACUUGAAUUGUAGAAAAUAAUGGUGCUAUUGUGAAUAUCAGUGAUGCCUGCUAUCUUACAGAAACCUGUAUUUAAACAUUUGAAGAUUUGGUUGUUUGGAGCCUGUCUAAGUCUGAUACCUUUAUGGAUUUUUUUUGGGAUGUGAAACAGAUAUUUAUUAAUUGAUGGUUGUUAAUAAACAUGAAGAAUAAAAUUUCAGACACCAAACAUUUUUCAGCUCGUUGUAUAUGGAGUAGAUGGAAAAUUGUGUAAAUGACAUUUAUUUGGUUGAAGAAUAUAAAUUCUGUUUUUAUGUGAUAGAUGAUUGCACUACGAUAUACUGACCAAAACCAGGUUUCUAAAAAUAGUCGCUCUGCAUCCCAAAUUUGGAAAGGAUUGAUAGCCAUUGGUGUACCAGAACUUUAUAAAGUCAAAUCAGAUUCAUUGGAUGUAAAUAACUCACUUUCAGAAUAUGUUCUGGCCUUAAGUGCUGCAAUGCAAAUGUGCUGUUCUUUGGUUUCUAGGUGAAAAACAAAAUCCAAUAUAAAUCGUUUUGUUAACAAACAUGUCUCCUGUAAAUUUCCAGG